GAAAAAACUGUCAGUUGCGUUCUGCCGUCGGUGCCGGUAGUGAAUGAAAAUGUUUGGUCUGGAGUUUUUGUUCGAUUCUUUUGUAGUCAAAUCCCUGAUUGGAUUGUUUGUAGUUCUUUUACUGUAUUGGUUCUCUACAAGGAAUCACGAUUACUGGGAAAAGAAGAAUGUGCCUUAUGUUAAACCCUUGCCGUUGCUUGGGUCGAUAUUAGAUAACCUGAGGAAACCUUUACAUGAAGUAGAAUACGAGAGACAGCUUAAGCUGGGCCCCGUAUUCGGUUACUAUGAGGGAAGUUAUGCUAACAUUUCUGUUGGAGACCCGGCUCUUCUGAGGGACAUACUGGUCAAGGAUUUUGCUUCCUUUCCUAAUCGAAGGCCGUUUGAAUUUGGCGACAAAGUGAUCGACAACAGCAUAGGUGUGAAACGCGGAGAGGACUGGAAGCGCGUCCGAAGCAUCAUCACUCCUACCUUCAGCACCGGGAAGAUCAGAAGAAUGCUGUCCAUUAUUAACGAAUGCGCCGAAACACUCGUCAGCAAUUUCAAAGCUUUGGUAAAAGAAGGAAAGCCAAUUGAAGUGAAAAGAAUUUAUGGUGCUUAUUCCAUGGAUGUUAUUGCCAGUUCUGCAUUCUCCACUAAGCUCGAUUCGCACAACGAUCCCGACAACAGAUUCGUGCAAGUGGCAAAGAACGUCUUCAACCAAAAGCCCGGUUUAAAAUUUUUUCUUUUCUUUUUAUGCCCUUGGGUUUUGAAACUUUUCAAGAUGCAAGUUUUUGCUGGCGAAGCUUCGCAGUUCUUUAAAGACAUCACGCUUAGAAUUAUUGAAGAACGAAAAAAGACAGGACAAGUGCGAAACGAUUUCCUCCAACUUUUAAUGGAUAUCGCGAAAGAGACGGAAACUGAAGAGAACAAGCAAGAUACUGCAGAAAAGGAGAAGGAAGAUAUCGCCUCCAACUACGGCGAAAACGACGCUGGACAUCAUAUUUUCAAAACAACCACAUCCAAAAAACUUUCUACAGACGAAUUGGUUGCACAAUGCGUCAUCUUUUUCAUCGCUGGCUACGAUACAACAGCCACUACACUAACCAUGGCUACAUACUUCCUCGCUUUGCAUCAGGAUAUACAAGACAAAGUGCGGGCCGAAGUGGACUCAUUGCUGAAGGAACACAACGGAAAGCUGACUUACGAAGCUGUGCAGAGCAUGAAAUAUCUGGACAAUGUUAUAUCAGAAACGCUCAGAAUUUAUCCUAUAUCUGUCAGGUUGGAACGCCGUGCUGAAGAGGAUUAUAAAUUAGGAGACACCGGCAUCACCAUCCCCAAGGGAAUGAUUGUUUCCAUACCAGUCAUUGCUGUGCAUAGGGAUCCUAAGUAUUGGCCUGAUCCUGAAAAAUUCGACCCUGACAGGUUUACUCCAGAGCAAAGGGCUCAGCGGGAUCCUUAUUCGUACCUUCCCUUUGGGGCCGGACCCAGGAAUUGCCUAGGAAUGAGGUUCGCUCUCAUGGAAGUCAAAGUGUGCUUGGCUCAUGUCAUCGCCAACUUUACAAUCAAAACCUGUCCUCAGACAAAGAUUCCCUUGGAAUUUGACCUGGGCUCCCAAGGAUUGAUUCAACCAAUCGGGAUAAUUGUGAAGAUGGAACCGAGGCAAGAAAGCCUUCUGCUGAAAUGAAAAGAAAGCUGUAAAGGAUUAUUUCAUUGUACUCGUACAAUUAUCUUUUUUUUUUUAUGAAAGAGCAAUGAUAGUAAUUUAUUAGAACCAUUUUAAUUUACUAACUUCAGAAUCUAGAAGUAUUUGCAUCAAGUAAACAUACCUUGCGCUUGUAUUUAGGAUUUAAUUGUGUAUGUAUUUUAUAUGUUAGUGAUUUUAAAAAAAAUGUAAUAAAAUAUAUGAAGUACAA